AUGGACACUCUCCUAAUGGCGACAUCAUACCUACCGGAUUUCAGUUAUAUUCUGCUGGCAGUAAUCUUUGCAACAUUGAUCGCUUUACAUUAUUACGUCGAGACAACGCAUGCAGUGAAACUUUCGCUGAAAUUACCACAUCCACCACGGGUACCUAUUAUUGGUCAUUUUUUACAAUACCCAGAACUUAAUCCAAAAAAUCUUUUAAUUACGAUCAGUAAAUAUACCGGCAAAUACGGUCCGGUAAUAUCAGUACAAUUAGGAACACAAAUUACUGUUUUCCUAACAGACGCGCAAGAUGUAGAGGUAAUCUUAAGUAACCCUGAGCACAUCACUAAAGCCCCGGAGUACAAAUACUUUACGCCGUGGCUUGGGGAUAGUAUACUCUUCACUCACGGCACCAAAUGGCUAAAACAGAGAAAAACGAUAUUAGACACAUUUCGCAUGAAAAUAUUGAGGACAUAUAUAUCUGUAUUUUAUGAGAACAGUCAGGAUCUGGUGAGGCGACUUGGUGACGAAAUCAACCAACGAUUCGAUUGCCAUGAUUACUUAUCAGAG